GUAAACAAAAUAUUUGAUUCAAAUUACUAACCUAAAAAUGAACACAAACGGAAUGAACGUAAAAUUGAUAAUCAGCUGCAACAGAGUUUAAUAUUAAGUUACGAUGGAUAGAAAACGUUUAUUGGCUACAAUCGAUGAAUAUGCUGAAACCAAAAAAUAUCGCGAGUUUGGGGAAUAUUUGUGUAAUAAUUUUACAGACAAACAGAUCAUCACCUUUAUCCAAGAUGAAAUAUUAACUGUGGAUUUCAUAAAAAUAUGGAAGCACUUUCUUCUAGGCUUAUCCUAUUUCCAAGAAAAGGGUUUGAAAAUAAUAAUAGCAACUUUGCAAUAUGUGGAUGAAAAUGAGACGCCCACUACUCGAGUUAAUGAUUUGUUGAAUUAUAUUGUGAAUGUUUUGCCUAAAUAUGAAACUAAAUAUUUGGUGGAUCUCCUCAAAUUUUGUUUAAAAGGUUUUCAGAAUAUGAAUACUAAUAGACUGAGUUGGAAGGAUAUUUUUCCUGAAAUUGUGAGCAAGUUGUCUGAAAAGGAAUCCAUUGAAUUUGAAGGCAACUGUUUGAGCGGAAAAGACAUUGAGAAGGAAAUUAUAGAUAUUUUAUGUUCGCUGCAAUGGGAGCCUUCUAAAGUAGUGAUCAUCACCUCAAUAUUUUGUGAUAUGUCUUUAAACAAAGAGGAUCAUACAAAGGUUCUCACAAAAUUAGGAUCUUACAUGGAAUCUCUUAUACCUCAAGAAGUUCCUGGUUUUGUUUAUCAACUAUUGAAGUUAUGCAAAAACCAAAGUUUUUUAUCUAUAGUUAUUAUGUUGCAACAAUACUUUGGUUUAAGACUAUAUAAAGAAAAUUUUGAUCAUGUUGAUUCAUCUAUUGAUGAGGAUUCGACAAUGGAUGACCUGGAACAAUUAAAAGAAGCAGAACUUUCAGUAUUUUAUAUGAUAAGAAAAUUGGCAUCUUUUAAUUCAUAUGCAAUUAAAGAUUACUUAACAUUUUUGAAAACUCUGAAUAAAGCUCCUGAAUUUAUUCUUCAUCCAUUUCAUAUCAAAGUAUUGCUUGUUAUUUCUGAGGUGGAAGAUUAUAAGGAUAAAGUGUGUGAUAUUCUCAAAUCUUUGAUAUUACGAUUCUACAGUGAAAAAACUAAAAGGAAUUCUUCUGUCUGGUUUAGACGUAUGACUACUCGACUCAUAGAUAUAGAAAGUAUAAUAAGUACUUUAAUAAAUAGUAGCACAUCAUUCGACAUCACUGAAAGUUUACUUGACUUUGCUCUUACAUUAUUGAACAUUAAAAGUGCACUUCCACAUAUAGUGGAUUCAAAUGUGCUGAAAUUGUGGGAUUUAGGAAAGAAGAUCAUUCAAAACAUACUUCAGAAGUUCUCUAACCACAGUACAGCUAUUUUGGAUCGUAUAUUGAAAAAUAUGCGUACCCAUCAAAAUAUAAACUCACAUUUAGAGUGUUUAUCUGCAUGCAAAAAAGUUGUACUUAUGGCCAUGGUAACGAAGCAAAAAUUAAUUUACGAUAUAAUGGAGGAUCUACAACAAAUACCUGGAAGUUCAGCUAUUCUCCUCUUAGAUAUAGUGUUACCUUUAACUAAAUUGAAUAGUAACGUCAGAGAUCAAACCAUUUUACUUUUUAGAAAGUCUCUCUACUCCAGUAAAACUGAAACAAGGCAGAUGGCAGUCAUAGGCUUUUCAAAACUAUUGAUGAAGAUUCCUAUAAAGAAUGUAGAGAGUUUAAGUCAGAUGAGUAACUCAAUGAGUAGUUCUUCAUCUUCAGGUCCUUCACUGUUCACUCAGUUAUCUCUUAACCGAAGUCAAUCCCAAGGUCAUUUCAGUAAUGAAGCCCUUAGUUGGGAGAUUUUAAGUAUUUUGAAAAGGUGCUUUAUGCAAAAACUCGAAGUAAGAAGCCAGCUGUAUGAAGGUGUAUUUCAGGCAGCUUACGAAAAUAAAGACUUGAGUGUUCCAAUUUUAGAAAUUUUAUGGACCCAGAUUUCCAAAUAUUACAUUAUAGAAGAAGAAACUCUACCUCCACUUGAUUUUUCCAAACUUUCAAUUACUAAAUAUACUGAUGUUAUUCAACAGGAAAGCUUCGGAAAACUUCUUUAUGUUAUUGGUUUGAUCCUUGUACAAAUUCAGAGUGAGGAUUUCCCAUUCACCGCUGAAAAAUUUCAAAAACUAAUGGAUUCUAUAUGUGAUAGAAUGAUAUCUUGUGAACUCAUUCAUUUUGAACUUGAUGAUGGAACUGAUCUUUCUGAUAUCUUACCUGAAUGUAAAGAAAAAGUUAUAAUUCUUCAGGAAGCCAUGAAAGUUUAUGAGGCAUUGAUAGGUUAUAAAAUUAUUUCCUGGAAUAACUAUUCAGAAGAAAAUGGCCCUAAAAUUGUUUCCCUUUUUAAAUCUUAUGGUAGAUUACUUCAUUUUGCCAAGAAUAUUGGAAAAUCCAAGAAGGGUAAAAAGGGGAAAGAUCAAUCAUCCCAAAAAACCUCCUCCGCUUUUAAAGUCCCAGAAACUAUUUUGAACAUAACCAUUUUACAUAAAGCAUUACAACUUUUACAUGAGCCUAUUGUUGAAUGGACAACUAUAGUGGAAGCAAAUGUUGUCAGAUCAAACAAAGAAUUACAUAGGCAUUUUUUUCAAUCAUCUCAUCAAAUAUUUUCCAGAGCCAAAAACAUAAAAACCAAAAAUGAUUUUGUUAAUCAAAAGAUAAAGCCAGAGGAUGCAUUUGAAAUUGCUUGCAUUAUAUACAAUAGAUGUAUAAAGAACUUCGACAACUACAAAGACUUCGACUGUAUCAGUGCUAUUGAAGCUGCAGAAUGUUUUCAGAUUAUACUUGGUUUCAUUUCUCCAUAUGAGGUGAAUAAAGAGAUUUUUGAUCCCAUAAAAGAUGAGGAAAGCCCUCUUUACUUGUGGAAUAUCAUCAAAACUUACCAGAAAUUGUUUGAAGAAUUCGAGGAAUCAGAAUGUGAUGAUUAUGAAAUGAAGAAAUUACCACUGGUACUUCUCAACACCCUUUCAUUUCUAUUGAACCUUAUGCCUUCAGAAACUAGUAGCUCUUCAAGAGAGUUUUAUAAUUGGAUGGUACAAUACGCCAAGGAUCAAACAUUGUGUAACAAAUCAAGUGCCACACUUUUCUUCACUCUUCUUUUCAACAUGCACCUCAAACACGAACUCGAUUCUAAGCUAUUCAAAUGUGUCAUUUCAGGCAUUGGAAGUGUAUUAGGGAUGACAAGAGAGCAAGAAGAAGAAGAAGAAAGUUUGAAGAUUGUGAAUGAACUUUCGGUAAAUAGUGCAUUCACUACUAUAACUAAUGCAAUGAAAUUAUUACUGGACGAUGUAGAACUUAUUUUGACUAAACUCAAAUGUGAACAUAGUUUAAAAUCUCAUGUACCAGUAUAUGAUGAUGCCAAAUCAAAAAAAUUAACAGCUACAGCUAUGUUAUGUAGAAGGAAUGCUGUUGCAGAGAAAGAAGCAAGUGUGUCAGAGCUGCUUUAUGUUGUAGCGAAGCUCCUUGAUGAAAUGACUGCCAUUAUAAUGCAACCAGGAGUGUUAUCCGAACUUGUCCUCCGGACUGCUAUUCAAAUUUAUUCUAUAUUAGUAAACGUUACGAAAUAUUUUAACAGUUUAUCAUCUGCCGCGUCUGCAGCAAUGAGGGGAGCUAGGUUUGAAGAAUUGGUGAAAUUUAUUGGGAAACAUUUAUCUUCUGAUAUUAAUCUCUUCAUAUUGCAUUUAGAAGAAGAAGAUAAAAAAAGUCAAGCAGCUCAGAGCAGAAAAAAAGAUAGUGGUAGUUCUCGAAAAAAUGAAAUAUUGAAAAACACCCGUUCAAUACCGAAGUUGGUUUAUGCAAUGGAACAAUUCAGCAAAUGCAUCAUGCAACUUUCCAAUAAAACUAAAAUUGAUUUGCACAGAUAUAUUGGAGCAGGAACCACAAGAGAUUUCCGAAUAUUGGUCAACGAACUUGACAUUUCGGAAAAAGAUGGUACCGACUCACAAGAAAAUAAUGAAGAUGAAGAUUCAAAAAGUAAUGAAGUAACUAAUGAAGACGAUGAUAAUCCAACAGAAAAUGAUGAAGAUGGGACAAAUGAUGAUAUUGAAGAAGAGGAAGAUGGUAAUAAUAGUGAUGAGGAUUCAGAUGAUAGUGAAGAUAGAUCAACUAUGCCACCGUCAAAAAAAAAGAAACAUUGAAAUUUAAGUUUUGAGUAUUGUAUUUUUUCAAUAAAUAUAUUUUGAUU